CCGUCAGUAUAUAAAACCUGUGCUGAGCACCAGCAACCCUACUGCUCUGGUGUCCUGAUUUCUCCACCAUGCACCGUCUCUCACUUAUGUUCGGUGCUGCCACCCUCUUGGUCCUGUGCCUGCAGCUAGGGAUCAACAAGGCUCAAGAUAGCACAAGUGGUCGAAAGGAACUUAUAUUUUAUUUAGAUGUUCCACGAUAUGCAAGUAAAAAUGAAGAGAUUACUGUGAAACUUGGAAUAAAAACAGAAUAUAGAGAAUGUUUUGUGGCCAAAGCUUUCCUUGAAAGUUCUGAAAAAAUGGAAGGUAGCUUCAACUUUAAACAAACCCGCUGCGUCUGUAAUGAUCAAGUAAACCUCUACUGGGACUUCCCAGUCAACAAAACUAUCACUUUUAAAGUAUUGGUUCAUCUUACUGAUGACAAAAAUAUCUGCCCUAACGAUGAGGCAGUGGUGCCCAUCAAAGGAGACCUGUAUUAUACUUACCGUACUGUGGUUGUGACCUAAUGGAAGCCUCUUGUGUGUCUUUCAAAACCAAUGUAAUUUUUCUCUAAGUAAAAUUGACUGGAAUAUCCACGACAGUCUGUUAAAUAAAAUUCUUAGAAGCUU